AUGUACAUACCACCGUUAAACUUUGCGUUGGUGGUCAGCAGGGAUGUCUCGCUAUACCGGUCGGGCUAUCCGAUGCCAUUAAAUUACCCGUUCAUCAAGACCCGCCUGCAGGCAGGGACCGUGAUCUAUGUGGGCGACAAGGACAUAUCUGAGGAGUACAAGGCGUUUCUAGAGAGCGAGCAGAUUCGAUACCACCACAUCUACAUGCAAUCCUGCCGAGAUGACAACAUCCAGGAGAGCAUGGAGCAGGUUCUACGCUUGGUGUUAAACGUUGACAACUACCCGAUCCUGAUCCACUCGAACAAAGGUAAGCAUCGUGUCGGGGUGGUGGUCGGUAUCAUCCGCAAGCUACUGCAGGGGUGGUCGGUCACUGGCAUAUACCAGGAAUACGGUAUUUUCAGUGGGGGGCAGAAAGAUCAAGCCGACCUUGAGUACAUCACUAUGUUUGGAACGAAACUGAUGGUUCCGAUGGACAAGGUCCCCGGGUUCGUGCAGUUUAUAGGCACAACACCUAGCACCGACUACAGCAGCGACCUCUCUGCGUAA